CCUCUUGGAUCAAACCUCCGACUCUCCACCGGAGAGGUGAAGACACCUCCGUCCUCUUUUCUUUUCUUCUGUUCUUUCCUCCUCUUGGAUCAAACCUCCGACUCUCCACCGGAGAGGUGAAGACACCUCCGUCCUCUUUUCUUUUCUUCUGUUCUUUUCUUCUUGGACGAGCCGAACAACGGAUACAGAAACUUGCAUGAAAAGCAGGUUUUUAACCCGGACUACACGUUGUAUUCUGCAUCAGUUUCACUGGUCGGGUUUGGACAUGGUGGACCUGACGUGAACGGGUCUCUUUACCCCCCUGAGACAAACCCCCCAGUCAGGAGACUGGGACGCGAUGGGAGUCUGGUGGUGAUGAUGAUGGUGGUGAUGAUGAUGGUGGUGAUGAUGGUGGUGGUGAUGAUGAUCCUGCUGGACCAAGUGUGCACGCUGGCGGCUCCCAGCAGCGCGUGCAUGCGGUCUGUGGACAUGACGCACGUCCUGCGGUGGCGCCCCCCGCUGGCGGCCUGCGACACUGCGCUCCUUUACUCCGUUCAGUUCCAGGGGGAGUUUGAGCUGAUGCACCUGAAGGGCACGUGGCUGAACGCUCCUGAGUGCCAGCUGAUUCCUCACACUCGCUGCGACCUGACCUUUGACCUGGGCUCCGACUCCGACUACAACCUCCGAGUCAGAGCGCAAUGCGGCUCCGAGCUGUCGGCCUGGACCGAACUCAGCCCACCGUUCAACCGCAGAGACACGGUCCUGAUGGCGCCGGCGAUGUCGGUGACGGCGGUGGGCGACGCCCUUCAGGUGACCUUCGCCAAGCUUCCUCUCACCGCCGUCGUCAGCGUGACGGUGUGGAAGAGCGGCGACGAGCUGCAGGCUGUCGUGUACACGAUGCCGGCGGACCAGGCGGUGCUGCACGUCGCCGCCCUGCAGGAGGGAGCGGAGUACUGCGUCCGAGCUCAGACCGUCCUGGACGCUCGGAUCCGCAGCGGCAGCACCGACGCCGAGUGCGUCUUCAUCACAGGACCAGGUCCGGACGGCGCCUGGAAGCGGCCGACCACCGUGGGCGUGACCGUCAUCGCCAUGGCGGCUCUCCUGUUCGCCGUGUUCUGGUCCGUCGUUCACUGCCGUCCACACGCCUGUCAAUCAUACUUCCACAAAGAGCCGCUGCCCCGCUCCCUGGAUCCUGACUGGGACAUUCAAAUCCAGGUGAGCCCUGAGGAGGCGGAGCUUUAUGAGCCGAUCCACGUGAGCGCCGCCCCCUAACACGAGCUGAAGAGUCGGAGCUUAAAUUCAUCGCGGAUUUUGUGGACAUGAUUUCUUGAAGACUCUUUUGAGCUCAGCUCUUCU